UUUAUAUCUAGUGAUAACAUGGUGAGAUUUAUCUCCUCCCAAAAUGCACCAUUCUCUCUAUUAUUUUCAUUUAUAAUAAUAUUAAAUAUAGUAAUAUGUGAGACAAAUGCUUCUUGCAACCAAAAAGACAAACAAAUACUCCUUUGUUUUAAACAUGGACUCAUUGAUCCAUUAGGCAUGUUGCCAACAUGGUCCAACAAAGAAGAUUGUUGCAAAUGGAGAGGAGUUCAUUGUAACAUGAAUGGCAGAGUCACAAAUAUCAGCCUCCCUUGUUUCACCGAUGAUGAUGAAGACAUCACUAUUGGCAACAUGAAAACGAAUAAACCACAUUGUUUGGCAGGUAAAAUUCAUCUUUCUUUAUUUGACCUUGAAUUUUUGAACUACUUGGAUUUGAGCAACAACGAUUUCAAAUCCAUACACUUGCCAAUGGAUUGUCAAAAAUUGUCAUCAGUUAACACUUCUCAUGGGAGUGGAAACUUUUCCAAUGUUUUUCAUCUUGACUUGUCUCAAAAUGAGAAUCUUGUGAUUAAUGAUUUGAGAUGGCUUCUUCGUCUCUCGUCAUCCUUACAAUUUCUCAACCUGGACUCCAUUGAUCUCCAUAGGGAAACUCGUUGGCUUCAAAUAUUGACUAUGUUUCCUUCACUUUCUGAGUUACAUUUGUAUAGGUGUCAGCUUAAAAGUGCUAGUCAGUCUCUUCUAUAUGCCAACUUCACUUCCCUUGAAUAUCUUGAUCUUUCUCAAAAUGAUUUCUUCUCUGACUUGCCUAUUUGGUUGUUCAAUAUAAGUGGCCUUGCUUAUUUAAAUCUUCAAGCAAAUCGUUUCCAUGGACAAAUACCUGAAACAUUAUUGAAACUUCAAAACUUGAUUACAUUGAUUUUGAUGGGCAACGAGAUGAGUGGAAAAAUUCCUGACUGGAUAGGGCAAUUUACAAACCUUGAAUAUCUAGAGCUCAGUAUGAAUUUAUUGAUUGGAUCGAUUCCAACAACUCUGGGGAAUGUGUCAUCAUUGACUGUCUUUGAUGUUGUCUUAAAUAACUUAACCGGUAGUCUUCCUGAAAGUUUAGGAAAACUCUCAAAUUUAGAGGUGUUGUAUGUAGGAGAAAAUAACCUUUCAGGAGUUGUGACGCAUCGAAAUUUUGACAAACUUUUCAAUUUAAAAGAGUUGUGGUUUGGUUCACCCUUAUCCAUCUUCAAUUUUGAUCCUCAAUGGAUUCCUCCUUUUAAACUUCAACUACUUGAUUUGAAGUGUGCAAAUCUUAAACUUAUCCCAUGGUUGUACACACAAACAUCUCUCACUACUUUAAAAAUUGAAAACUCCACGUUUAAAGAUGUAUCUCAGGACAAGUUUUGGAGUUUGGCAUCUCAUUGUUUGUUUCUUUCUUUAUUCCACAAUAACAUGCCUUGGAACAUGUCAAAUGUGUUGUUAAAUUCUAAAGUUACAUGGUUGAUUGAUAAUGGUUUGAGUGGUGGCCUUCCUCAAUUAACUUCAAAUGUGAGUGUUUUCAAUUUAAGUUUCAACAAUUUGACUGGACCUCUUUCUCAUCUGUUAUGCCAUAAUAUGAUAGAGAACACCAAUUUAAUGUUCUUGGAUGUCUCUGAUAACCAUUUAUCUGGAGGACUCACUGAAUGUUGGGGAAACUGGAAAUCUCUUAUUCAUGUCAAUCUAGGGAACAAUAAUCUAACAGGCAUGAUUCCAAACUCAAUGGGUUCCUUAUCCAACCUUAUGUCGUUCCAUAUUUCUAAUACUAUGUUGCAUGGGGAAAUACCUGUGUCAUUGGAAAGUUGUAAAAAACUCGUGAUUGUUAAUUUUAGGAACAACAAAUUUUCUGGUAAUAUACCAAAUUGGAUUGGACAAGAUAUGGAAGUUCUUCAAUUGAGAUCAAAUGAAUUUAGUGGUGAUAUUCCUUCACAAAUAUGCCAACUAUCCUCUCUCUUUGUUUUGGAUCUCUCAAAUAAUAGAUUAACUGGAGCAAUACCUCAGUGCCUAUCAAAUAUCACUUCCAUGACUUUUAAUGAUGUUACACAAAAUGAAUUUUAUUUUUCAUACAAUGUUUUCGGUGUCACUUUUAUAACCACUAUUCCAUUAUUAUCAAAAGGCAACGACUUGAACUAUCCUAAGUAUAUGCAUGUCAUUGAUCUUUCUAACAAUAGUUUGUCCGGCAGAAUUCCUUUAGAAAUAUUCAGACUCACUGCAUUACAAUCCUUGAACUUGUCACAAAAUCAAUUCAUGGGAACCAUACCAAAUGAAAUUGGCAACAUGAAACAGUUAGAGUCCCUUGAUCUGUCAAACAACUCACUUUCAGGAGAAAUUCCUCAAACCAUGUCUGCUCUAUCUUUUCUUGAGGUAUUGAAUCUCUCAUUCAACAAUUUAAAAGGUCAAAUCCCAUUAGGAACCCAACUCCAAAGCUUUACACCACUUAGUUAUAUGGGCAAUCCUGAACUUUGUGGAAGUCCGCUCAUUGAGAAAUGCAACCAUGAUAAAGUCCCUGAUGGUGACAUAAAUGUUAUGGCAAAAGAAGAGGAAGGAUCCGAGCUAAUGGAAUGUUUCUAUAUGGGUAUGGGAGUUGGAUUUGCAACAGGCUUCUGGGUAGUUUUUGGUUCUCUUUUAUUCAAGAGGUCAUGGAGACAUGCUUACUUCAAUUUCCUUUAUGAUGUGAAAGACUGGUUUAUGUCAAAAUAGUCAUAAAGUGCACUAUUUCACUUGAAUCUUUUCAAUAUGAAAAAUAUCAUGUCGUGGACUUGUGUUCUUUGGGACUCUAAUGGACUCGCCUUGUACCUUUGGAGCAUCUUUCAACUUUGGUGUUUAAUAAACUCUAGUUUUUGUUUUGUUAUUGUUGUUGUCUUUUGAUUGUUUACAACAUUCCAUGUAAUUUAAGAUUUGUGUGAAAAAAACUCAGCUCUGGUGGUUCAGUUGGUUAGAGAAUCCGUUUAAUGAGCGAGAGGUUUUGAAUUCAACUCUCAACGAGAGCAUUUUAUGUUUUUUCAUUUCAAAAAUGAUUUGUGUGAAUUUGUAAAUUAAUAAAGUACAGUACUAUACUA